CGUUGACAGCUCUAGCCAAACCCUCUUCCCAACACCAGAAAUGGAACGCUCCAAUGAGUGAGAAGUAACUUUCAGUAGUCCGCGGACUACUACAAUACAAGGCCCGAAAGAAAAUACCACCAGCAAAAUUUCAGAGAGGUAGCGACGGAGAGGGAGAGGUAUGACGAUGGAUCGAGAGAAGGAGAGAGAGUUGGAGCUGGAGUCGGCAAUGUACACCAACUGCCUCCUUCUAGGGCUCGAUCCUUCGAUCCUCGGCAUCGGAGGCAGUAACGGUAGUAGCAGCACUCGCGUUGGCCUCUUUCGUCAUUCAAAUCCUAGAAUGGGAGAGCAGCUCCUUUAUUUCAUCCUCUCUGCCCUAAGAGGCCCAAUUCAAUCUGCAAAGGAUUUUGAUAAGGUGUGGCCGAUCUUCGAUUCCGCACAAUCUCGCGAUUUCCGCAAGAUUGUGCAAGGGAUUAUAAAUGAGCUUGAAUCACAGGGUGCUCUGCCGAGAAGCAAUUCACGGGUUUCAUCUCUCGCCACUUGUUGUGGCCAGAGAUUUGUUGAGCUUUUGUGGCAACUUUCUUUGCAUGCUCUUCGAGAGGUGCACAAACGAACAUUUGCAGUUGAUGUAGCUUCAAACCCGCUUCCUGCUUCAUUGACUGAUGUAUCAUAUUCUCAUGCAGCUACAUUACUUCCUGUGACAAAGGCUAGGAUAGCACUUGAACGGAGGAGGUUUCUUAAAAAUGCAAAUACUGCUGUGCAUAGACAGGCCAGAUGGUCGAGUCUGGCACAUGACAUUACAGCUGAAUUUCGGGGUCUUUGUGCCGAAGAGGCUUACUUGCAGCAAGAACUGGAAAAACUACAGGAUCUGAGGAGCAAAGUGAAGUUGGAAGGAGAGCCAAGGGAUGAUCGCAUCUCUGGCUCCUUAGGCCAGAAUGCCCACUUGGUAUCUAAAGCAACUCGUCUAUGGGAGUCUUUGUUAGCUCGUAGGAGUCAGCAUGAGCUUCUUGCUUCAGGCCCUAUUGAGGACUUGAUAGCUCACCGUGAGCAUAGGUACCGCAUCUCAGGGUCAUCUUUGCUUGCAGCUAUGGAUCAGAGUUCUCAUGUUCCUCAUCCGGAUUUAUUAUCUGUUCAAGCGGAUGAUCUGGCUUCAGUGCACACAUAUGACCGAGAACAGACAGAUGGAUCUUUUAUCAAUGUGAAUAGGGAAAAACAGAAAAUCUCCUUAGAGUCAACUCAAUUUCAAGUGAAUGAUGAAGCUCUUCUUCGAGUGGAUGACAAAAGUGGAAGAGUCCCCACUGUUGAUGUAGCAGAGGUUCUCAGGCGUUGGACACAUGCUUUACAGCGGAUUCAUAAGCAGUCGCUUCAUUUGGCCAAGGUUAAUGAUGGAGAGGGUCCAGAGCUUCUACGAUGUGCAUCUGAUAGCAGUAGUGGUCAUGCUGAAUCUUUGGCUGCAACCCUUGCCGAACAUCGGCAGCACUUAGCAAGCAUACAGGUUUUUGUCAAUCAACUGGAGGAGGUUGCUCCAGCAAUGCAAGAAACUAUAUCGCAUCUCACAGAAGAAGUGAACAGUGUUGCUUCCAUGGCUCCCAUGACAAAAUAUGAUGGCAGAUCACUAUCUCCUACUCAAGCUCAAAGCAGUGGAAGGACCAUGGAUAAUACAACUGAUGAAGUCAAGGAGGCAACUUCAAAGCUGUCAUCUAUUCAGCUUGAGAAGGUGUCAACCAGCCCGGCUCUGAAACUCCCACCCUUGUUUAGUUUAACUCCAAAUUCCUCUGGUAAAGGUGCACAUGUGCAAAAGAGGAAUGUCGCAGCUCCUCAAACCAACCAGGUAGAAAAUUUGAUGGAAGGGAAGCAGCUAGACCAGCCUUUACCUAAUGGUCAUGUGGACACUCUAAUACAAGAGAGUGACAGCUCUUACGUUCAGAACCUUAGACGAUCUGUUCGUGAAGCCGCUCUCUCAGUGCAGUCCAGCUGCUUAGAAUCGUCAAAAGGAAGCAGUGCUGAUAGCUCGGAACAUUUCUUCAUACCUCUUUCAACAAGUAGAUUUUCCCACAUGGGAGCUGAAACCAAAUUGGUUCUGAACAGAAGCAGACAGCGGUUAUUUUUAUCUCCACCUGAUGUGCUCAAGGAUGGAACUUCUGAUUAUAUUGCUAAUGAUGCCAUUGGGAGCAAGUUCAACGAAGUGGCGGAUGUGUUGAAGCACUCUAAUUUACUCUAUGAGUAUGAUGACCAAGAGAAUGGAUUUCUCUCUGCAGUUGGUUUGGAUGUAUCUUCCGAUACACUAAGGACAUUCAACAUGGAGGAUGCUCAGGAACCAGUCUUCUCACCUCCUUUGCUAAUGGAUUCAACUUUCUUUGAAGAUUCAUAUGAGGACUUGCUAGCCCCACUGUCUGAAAUUGAUGCCGCUUUGAUGGAGCGGUGAAUCUGAACUUUGGAGUAAUAUUUACCCUGCUAUUGUGGCUGUGGCAGAAGUCGACGCUCUGGCCCAAAAGGCUGAAACACGCAGCAGAGAUGGAUCGAUCAUGAUGUAAAGUGUGCAGGCUGCCCAAAUUCAUCUUCUUUUUUUUUAAUUUUUUUAAUUUUUUUUUUUAAUGUGAGAUUAAUUCAAUUGCAUUUUGUGGAGACAGAUCCAUUUGAAUGUUUGUAGUUUUUUGUAUGAUUUGCUUGUAAUUGGUAGUCCUUGUAAUAGGCUUCUAUUCAUUUUUUCAGUCAGGACACUUUCUAACC